AUGGGCGAUGUGCCAAACACCAUGCCCCACACGGAGGAAAAAACAAAAUCUCCUUGGCCCAACCGAAUAAAAGCAGGUAAGUUGAUCAAAAGGCUUCUUUAUUCCAAGCUUAGCAUGCUUUGUAACGACGGCAGGAUUCUUUGGGCUUGGACUACGAGCAGCUUAUAAGCAGGCUAAACCUUUGGAUCCACAAGAUUUGACCAAAAUGAAAUUGAUGAGUGGAGUUGGUUUCGCGUCUAAGGCAUUGGGGAUUGCAACCCUUUUGACUGUCUCCGGAUUCUCGUUGUUUGUUGUUGGGAUCUCAGCCCUCUUGGAUGUGAAUACACCUCGUCAAUUCGGCCAUAAAGUGAGGGGCGCCUUUGGAGAUAAAUUUAGGAUUGCUGGAAGUGGUUCUGGAGAGUCUUACGAAAGUCUGUCGGAACUGUUUGAAGUCGCCAACAAGACGAAACCAGAGAAGAAAGAUGAAACAACAAAUUAG